CCCGAGUUCUGGGACUUCAGCUGGAACGAGGUAGGGCGCUACGACAUCCCAGCUAUGCUGAGUUACGUACGCGAGGUGACGGGAGUCAAGCAAGUUUACUACGCCGGCCACUCGCUGGGAGGCGCCGGCUUCUUUAUCAUGAUGAACUACCACCCACACAUCAACUCCUGGAUACGAGUGAUGGCUGCCCUAGCACCCGCUUCAUACGUAAGAGGCCGACACGUCCCCAUGGGAUUAAUCUCACCUAUCGCCAAUGUCAUCGAUGAGAGUCUCCAGCACGCUGGAGUCUUCGAAUUGCUGCCUCUCACCUACCAUUCAAUGAGGGUCACAUCAACUGUGUGUGGAGCAAGUGCGUUGUCUAACUUUCUGUGUGUUAUCUUCUACUUCAUUGUAGGUGGCGGUCCCAAUCAUGUCUACCUAGACAAGGAGUACCUGCCCGUGAUCUUCUCUCACUGGCCGUCGGGCGCUGGUCUUCACAUUGUUACCCACCUGCUGCAGCUGCACCACUCAGGCGGGUUUCAUGCCUACGACUACGGCCAUGCCAGGAACUUAGUGGAGUACGGGACGCCUUCUCCUCCAGACUUCACGCUAAACAGCGUCACCGUUCCAGUGGGUGUCUUCUGGGCUGAAGGAGACGCUGUCGUCGCACCAGAGGGGAUGCAACUGACGCUGUCGAAGCUGCCGAGGCUGGUUCUCAACCGUCAAGUUCCUCUACCAGACUAUAAUCACCUCGACUUCUUAUAUGCCGAGAACGCUGCCGACCUCGUAUAUAGACACAUUGUUCAGCUCUUCCAAGACUUCAGUGACUGAAGAACUCCCAGGAGACUCUGCUUUGUACGCACCUUCCUAUUUACUGAUCUUUUGUUUGAAUUCAAGGAUAUAUAAAAAUAUUGAAAAGGGAGCAUGGAACCUUCGCUUUAAAUAGUUUUAUAUUCAGAUUACAUGUUAAUUACUGAUUUUUUUAAUUUGUUAAUUAAUUUAGUUUAGUUGUUUUUGUGUAAAUAGCUACGUGCCAUAAGCUGUUAUCUGACAAGAAUACCGACUGUACAAUAUUUUCUUAACUUUAAACUACCAUGAUUGUAUUGGUUAAAACGCUAAACUCCCGAUUUAUAAGACUAAAUAAAUACAAAACUCUUGUAAACAAUGGAACACUUAGCUACCUCGGAUAAAACUUGGUAGUAGAAAGCGUUCAUGUAUUCACAUUAAAUAUUAUUUUCCUGCAGUAGUUUAGUUCUCUAGGUGUGGUGUCCACCUGCUGAGUGGGCCUUUAUUCUGUCUCACUCAGCUGUUAGUUUAAUAUUUUUAUUAUACGCCCCUAUACCCGUCCUGUGGGUGGUAGUCAAAGGAUUACAGAGGUACAUAAUGGGCACAGGGACUGGAGCCCAAAGUUUUGAUAACUGAACAAGUUACAAAGGUAAUGAACCAUCCACACGUCUAUACCCGAUCACAAUUGUAAUGAGUUAUUAGCGCAAAUAUUUGCCUUAUUUACAAUGAGGAAAGUCAGGAUAUUUUUCCGAAAUGUUUUUAAAUAUAUCACUGUGGAUAAAAUGCUUUGAUAUAUCUUCAACAUUUCUGAAUGAGUUGUCUUAGAGUUCAUUAAUUUUAUCGCACUCUAGUAUAUAAUGACGCAGGGUGUGACAACAGUCCAUCUGGCAAAGUUUACAUUUCGUUUGGUCUACAUCUGGUGGUGGUGAUUUAACCUGCCAAAGAUACUUGUAACCCAGCCGGAGCCGGACAGUAGUGACAUCCAAGAGUCUGCUUAUCUUGUUGGAUGCACCAUAGACAUGUGGCUCCUCCUGCAUGAUAGAAUGAUGAUAGAUGGACUGACUGGUAUCAGUCUCCCUCAGUCUUAAGUCAAUGAAGUUCAGUAAGUUCUUAUCGUAUUACUGUUCUCAAACUGCUGACUGACAAGCCAAGAUUGUAAUCUACUCUCUGUUUGAACGUAUAUAACUUAGGCAAUUCAUCAGUUCUAUCAUGGAUCUGAAGACCAAUGUGAGCUCAGCUGGAAACACAACUACCAGGAGUAGUGUUUAACUUGAGGCAGGAGAAAGUUUGUUAACGUCAUGCUGGGCUGAUGAUUUGGGGCACCCAAGAAAAAUUCUUAGAGCUUCAUUUUGCAUUAACUCCAAGGGUCGGAGAGAACUUUCUCUAGCUACUAUCAGCAUGGGAGCAGCAUAAUCAAUUAAGGACCAAACAUAGGCUAUGUAUAUCAUUCUCACGAUUCUCACAUUAGCACCAUCACAAGUUAUAUACACUGAUGGAUCUAAACAGGAGUCUUCUGGCAGGGCUGCAUCUGCUCUUGUUGCCACCUCCCUAGUUUAGAACGAUAAUAAACUUGUUGAACUAGGCAUAAGAAUUAACAACUGGGCGUCUACACUGCAAACUGAAUUGUUUGCAAUCCUAAUGGCGCUAAAGCUAACCUAUGACACUGAGCUUGACACUAUUAUCAUUACUGAUUCUAUGUAAUCAUUGAAGACUCUUGACUUCUCCAAUGAGCAUGUUGUUGGAGUCAUAUAAUGACUCCAACAACAUGCUCAUUGGAGAAGCCAGGUAUAGAUACUCAAAAAUCAGGGACAAAGGGAUCAAUGUACAAUUGCUAUCUAUCCCAUCACACAUUGGAUUACUCCUUCAUGAUAAAGUUGAUAUGUUAGCCAAGAAGAGUACCCAGAAGGAGAAUGUAGAAUAUAACUUUUGGUAUAUCUGUGUCUAGCAUUAGAGCAACUUGCAAUGUGAACAGACUGACUGAUGUUGUAGUGGUCAGGUUUAGACUUGGUUACAAGUACUUCUGGCAGUUUGGAAGACACACAGAUGAUGAUCAAACUAAAUGUAAAUUAUGUGAUCAGGCAUAUGGUCACUCUUGAACACUAUGUGCUUAAUUGUCCACUUAUUGAGGAAUACAGAGACAGACAGUAUAAUAACCUAUGUGACAUGUCAAGAUAUCUUAUUAAUGAAAAUAAGAUACCAGAUAUACUAAGCAAAUUUCCUAAAUUUGCUUGUAACAGAUAAGUGAACUGUAGAUAUAAACCCAUAUGUACACCUGUUAAGCCUUUUGGAGCCUAGUUCCUCGGCCUUUUGUGUAUCCAUACGCUCUUCCGCUACUGUCCACAGGGUGGAUAUGGGGUGUACAAUAAACUAGCCACUUCGGUAGCAAAAUCUGAAUCUGGGCUGAUGAUGACAGUCACUAUAUGAUGAUGAGGGAGUCGUUUACUAUGAUGACGAUUAUACUGAUCGUGGAGGUGACGGUAAUGGGGACUAGGACGCUGAAGACCCUUAAAAUGCGAACGAUUGUGAUGAUGAAGGCGGGGUUAACAAUGAUAACGACGAUAAUAAUGAUGGCGAUGGUGAUGAUUCUGAUAAUAUUGACGACAACAACAACGACAAAAACCGAUUUCUUUGCAGUAAUUUGGCCUCUUGAAGAACAUUUUGAUUAUCUUGCAGUGCAGCAGUGUCCGUCAUCUGGUCUGCAGAAAUACCAAGACUGAAAAGAUAUAACAACACCACAUCUACAAUAAGUCAGAAUUCAGUAAGAUCUGUUAAAUGUAUUUCGUCUACAUGUUAAUUAUUGAUAGGUAUGAAUAUAUAUUGUUUACCAUUCCUUGUUAUGUUUAA